CGCGACAGCUCAACGUCUAGCUACUGAGCAUUGCGAGAACCGCAGCCUAUCACUACAAGCGUUGGACAGCUGGGAGGUGUAAUUAUAUCAGCUCCAAAGCUGACUUUUGAGUGCUCUUACCUGGAUUGAGUUAUUUCACAAGAUCAAGAAUUAAACGGACUAAAGCCAGAGCCCAAUAACAACGUAAAGCUUGGUUGAAAGCCAAACCGUUGUUUGGCAAGUUUUGUGAACAGCUGCAAGUCUAUUCUGGUUAAAAGACUGCGUAAUCAAGAGAAAAAAAUGAAAGACCACCAUAACAAGCCCUUUAAAGUGAUCGUUUUUGGGGAAUCAGGAGUCGGAAAAUCGGGUAAGUUCAAAGAAGUCAUGAUCAGAAAGAUUUAAUAACGGCAGACCUAGUGAUUAGCUAUCACCAAUCACAUCAUUCUUUGGUACGCUGUAUAACUUAUAUUGCAUACGGCAGAUGAGUGAUAAAAUGUAUCAAAGCAUGUUGAGUUUCCGUAAAAAUAUCACGAUGCAUAUCACAAGUUGACAUCCCAAGCCAUUUAUAGCAUAGAUUAUUUACCCAGCUAUAGAUUGCGUGUGUGCCAAAACCCUUAACUACUCCGCACGAAGGCGAAAUUCAGUGACGUGACACGAUUUCGGUACGAAGCAAAUGCUCUGUUAAAGUAAUUCCUUUGAAAAAUGUCGUCUAGGAGUCUCAGUUCAGAAUAUGCAUUUUUAAAAAAGUCAUCAAUAUUCUACAGGGUAAAAAAUAUCCCUCCCUUAAUCAGGUUCAAUAUCCAAUUGUCUACCUUGAUAUCCCUCAUUGACAUUACAGUUUCCUAGAAAACAUAUUAAAUUAACAUAAUCCCAUGAUGUUGAUUAUUUUUACCCGAAGAACACUGAAAUAACAACUCAGGCCAUUAUUGCAUGUGAUUUUACGGCAGAAUGGAUUUAAACGUAUUCCAUGGAGAGCGAUGACUUACCAAAUUCAAAAUGGUUGAAGUUUGAACUGUAGACGGUUUUAAUUUUCAAUUAAAAUUGCUCAUGUGCAACAGUGAAAGAUAUAUCACAAGUCACGGACAAGCGUACGUACGGUACUAACCUUAGUGAUGACGAUGGAACAGCUGAUGUCACGUGAUUUAAGACCCUACAAUUAAAUUGAUUGUUUCUCGUUUUUUUGGGUUUGAAGCACUAUCCAAAAAAUUUGUAAAAAAUGGUUUGUUGAGUCGUUAGAUGGUUACUAUUGCUAUUUCAUUAUUGUUACCAGCUGAUGACGAAAUGUGCAGCGAGGAUUUGAGAAUGUAAAACGAAAUUAAAUCUUUAAUGUUCGGGCUUCUGAUUUUCUCCGUCCAUUCAGAUACAGAAUUCAGGUUGAGGACUGUCUACUAUCGACUAUGGACUGUGUAUGAAAUUUUACAGGGGUCUAGUCAUUAAAGACUCGGCAAUCUGAGUAAUAAAAAGUUAUCGCGAUGCACUAUGAUAGCGGAACCCAACGACCAACUGUUUCCAAUCACGUCAGAAAUGUCUCACAUGAUUUUCUCUCGGCUUUGGUUAAUCUGGAGCUGCCUUUCAACCUAUUUAUCGCUUCGGAUGUCUUAUAGAGGAACUUUGGACGUCUCGAAAAUUUUAGGUGGCCGUUCUUCGUCUCAUCUGAAACUUUCAGCUGCCCUGAUGGGACCGGUCGAAAGUUCAAGGACAUGGAAUAGCCGUACUAUUCUAGGGGACAUUCUGUCUUUAUUCCGAAAUUUUCAAGCGACCUUUUUUAACAUCUAUCGCAAUAUCUUGGUAGUAAAAUGUGAAAAACACAACUUCCGAAAAUUGUAGUUAAGUUAGAACGAGAAAAACUCCGAAUGAUCUUAAAAAAAUGAAACGGUUAUCCAGAAUUUUUAGCCUUUCUUUAGAAAACUUCAGAAUUUCUCUAGCAGAUAAUAUUUCCUUCUUCAAACAGUUAUUUCACAGAAAAAAGGUCGUUAGGUUUCCGUGGACUAAGGAUGCCACACUGGCGGUGUUCUUUCAUUCCAAAGUUCAUUUUUCUAUUAACUAUCCUGAGCCUUGCUGCUUUGUUUGUCGAAGUGAAUUUUGUCCGUAAUGAACAUCACGUGCUUAAGAUCGUGUGUACGUGUGUCGGGAUGAUUGGUAGCUAAAUGGCUGUGAACCCCGUCCAAAGGUUCAUAAUUAAGCAAGAGUGAUUUCUUUGGAUAACCCAAACAAUUCACUUGGGUGUCUGAGUCCUCUUGUCAGAGCUUCGUAGACAAACGCACUAAAAUUACACUAUCUGCAGGCCAUCAGGAUUGUAGCGCAGGGGAGCAUGUAACGUGCGAGGGAGCGAGCGAGGCACACGCGCACGUUAAAUUCUUGCCCACGCGACAAUCCUGAGAGAAUGCUAGUAUUCUACGCUAAAAUCACUGAGUCCUUUACCCUUUUUUGUAGAUGUUUCACAGAAUGGGGUAACAAGCCUCCGGUUUUAUCUUUAUUUACAUGGAAAAUUUGACACCCAGUGUUUCGUUUACCGAGUGGAUAUUUAACUUCUUCAGUUGUUUUGUUGUUGCGGCUUGUUUCUGAGUAUGUUUUCUUUCGUGUUCUUUAAUUUCUCAUUUUUCAGUUAUCUUCCUUCCUUUGCGGCAGUUUGUUAUGUCAAUUUCGCCGUCUCUUUAGUUUGCCUCACAGCAUAUUUUUCAAAAAUAAACAAGUGAAUAAAUAAAUAAUUAAAAUAAAUAAACAUAAAUAAAUACCUAAAUACAUAAAACAGCUUAGCAAAGGAAGAAAUACAAUUUUGUCCCUUAAUAUGCCACUUAUGGUCCUCUUGGUCGCUAAAACUCUUUCUUAAGCGGUAGCGUAAGUGCUAAAUUGCUUAUGUUAGACGUCUGAUACAAUCAGUGAUAUAUCGUCAAUUAUAAUUUCUCACGCGUUCAGAGAACUCCUAUUAUAAUUUGUGAUUCUAAUACUAAUUUGUACAAUAAGUACUUUACCUUGUGGUGUUUCAAGGAUUUUAGGUGUUUCUUUUUUCAUGUGAAAUAACCUGGCUCAGGAAAGGUUGUUUGACUUUGUUUUUCCCGUUUCUCUCUGUCACAUUGCACGAAUGAGUAUCUCGCUCUCAAUUUAACCGUCGUUAUCAGUACGACAACUUCCGUGUCCUAUAGUUGCUUGGUCAACCGCAACUUUAAGCCAAAGGAGCCGUACAGGUAUAUCACAGUUGAUAGACUGUUAAUUUGUUUUGUGAACUGCACGCAAAGUGGCCAAGAUUACUCGCUGACAUAUUCUGCGGUAAACUGAACUAGACACUAACCGUAAAACCUGAGAAGAUCACCGAGAAAUUUUAAUUCUCACCAAAUGUUCCAUUUUUUUUUAAUAGUGAGUAGUUUCGCCCUAUUUUUAAAUAUAAUUGCUAUUCCAUCAAUUUUUAAUAAGACGGAAUGAAAGCAUUCCGUAAUCAGAUUUACCACAUCGUCAAGAACCUAACAAGUGCUUUGUAAAGCUCUCGAUAUUGCUGUUAUUUUGGGAAGACGUCUUCCGUGAUUUGUUCAAAAUGUGAAACAAAUAAACAUCUCCACAGGCAAAUAAAUUUGCAUUUUUAACAACAGCCAUACGUUUAAUGAUAUUAAUCACAGACAUAAUUUACUCAGUUAUUUCAAUAUUCACGCCUCAUGCGAUGAUUUGGCUCCUUCCUUGUUGCAAAAUAUUUUACUCUCCUUCGUGUACAAGGGAGUUCUUUUAUAUUUUUUUUCGCAGUUUUAUCAUAUUUUAUUGUACUUUUAGAAAUACGAAUUUUCACAGCAAGAUGUAUAUGUAACAUGAAUUCUAUGUAUUCACCUCCCUUCCUGUAGGUUAAAAACAUGACCUGCUAGCACAGUCGGGGAACCUCUUCUUUUCAUAGCUUAAUAGAGUGCCUUAAUCCGUUCUGGCAUCUAAAUAAUGCCAUGAUUUAAAACUACUUUUUAAUUAGCAUCUUCAUCCCACCAACACUCACGUUUCUAAAGGGUGAUAAUAGAAAAACGAGAUUCUUGAAAGAUAAUAAAUGGAUGUACUUAGCAGACCACUUUCUCGUGUUGAACUGAAUUCAGACCGAUAAGUCCGUACUCGUGUCCUAUGUACGGCUUUUCUGGAAGACGACCAUAUUGGGGCCGCAAUGUUUAAAUUAAGAAAAUCAAUAAUAAUACGACCACCGUUGGGCCAUAAAAUCCUGGUCGUAAUAAGGAGGUGGUCGCAUUAACGGGGUCUUCAAAAUAAUAAAAUGACUCAAUGUUUUUUACUUUCGGUUUGAAAGAAUAUGGCCGUAAUAACGAGGUGGUCUUAUAAACGGGGUGGUCGUAAGGCGGGGUUCCACUUUAUAACGACAUAAGUUCGAUUGUGGACAAGCCCGCGCGACCGCUCUUUAUAAGGUUUGACUUAAUUAUAAAACAUUGGUAACGGAACGUGACCUUUGGUAAACGGGCCCCUUGAUUACAAGACUUAUUCCUUAAGUAAAGGCAAUAUGAGAAUGUGGUUUCAGGGGAUGGGGGACGGGGGGGAGGGUUGGUAUGUCCUUGUAAAGUCGUGAAGUAUCUUUUUCAUUGUUAAAGUCAUCUUAAAGAUUUGCAGUGUUCUAAGGAGAAUGGGUAUCAUAGUGAUAUGCAAGAAGUCGUUGAUGAAAACUUCAUAUAGAUAUCCACGAUUGUUGGGAGCAUAUUACUAGCAUAGUGCCGUGACAUGAGAUCGAUGUUGUUUCUCCUGAUCAAAUAUGCCGUUUUGUAGAAGUCAGCUUGUGACGAAAAUGAAGGAAGGGGUUCUAAAUCACUUGUCACAAGUAUUUCCCUGACGGUGGUUACAACAAAGCUUUUUUCCUUCUUUCUUCUUCCUCUUUUAAACACGUUUCAUAGGCCAAGGUUGCUCUAAGAGUGAAAAAUUUCACCGAGAAGGAUUUAAAUACAUUGGCUUUUUAUAUAAUGCUGAUAACCUGUACAAGUCGUACAUGUGGCUCCCGGACUAUAAUUGUAUUUUAAAAACGCCUGAAUUCUCAGUGUGCUCUCCUCUCGCAGGUAUCUGAACCCGAGCAAAGAACAAAGCAGCGAAGAUAAUCACCAUGCGCCGCUUGCUGCAACUAUAGUUAAAGUUUACUUCUAUCCACUUACCUUAAAAAAAUUUGUAAAUCAGUUUGUCAGCCACAAGAACUUUUGCUACCCCUCAAGUUCUAAAGAGAGAGAGAGAGAAUUUAAAAAAAAUUGCUGGCUAUGACUGUUAACAACGUCGUCAUGCCAGCAUUUCAAUUACUACUGCUUAAUAACUGUCAUUUUAAGCACAUGUACUUAUCCUAGCCGUACCUGACUCAAUGGGUGUUGGUAAUAACUUGUGCGAUAAGAUUAUACCUAUUCAUGACUGAACGUGUCAAACAAUGCCAUGAUACCACACUUAUUUCGCCAAAAGGCAGAAGAGAGGAAAAUAUCUCGCGGUUUGAAGGAUUACUCAAACUUCAUUUAUAAUCUUGACGUCGUAGCUAAUCUCAGCCCGCAAAUCACGUACCUGCAAACAGAUUUUUCUUCUAAAGUGUCGGUUUAAUUGCUUUCCACAGUGUCUCCUGCCUUUCAACUUUCUAUGGCAGGUCUUACAAAACUUAUUUUCUCUUUUAUGGUCCAUUACCGAAGUGCUUUCUCAAGUCUGUUUUUAGUAGUAGACACCUUUUCAAAUUUUCGUUCCUGAUUUUGCUUUUAAUGCCUUAUUUUCUCAUUAUCUUAGAGAUUCCGAUCGCUUUUUCACAAAUUUUUCUUAAAACUCCACUCGAAGUAGAAACAUAACGAAAAGUUCUCGUCUGAGGUGGAUCUAAACGAGUCUUUUAUUGAUGACCUCUUGGUCCACAAUCGUUCAAAGAUAUGUUUCUUAUCUGACUUAUCUUUCUUAGUUGUUUACCGCCGCUUCCGCUGAUUUUUGUUCGGAAAUACAAACAAGUUUUAAAGACUAUUCAAAACUUGUAGUUUAUAAGUUUUUCGAGUUUCUCGUUUCCCAGGUUGACUAUCACAAGCUGCGUUAUAAACAACUUCAGUGUUUUCCAGAUGAAAAAAAUUUUUCCGGUUGUUUUGUGUCUUUCUUAGUUACAUCAAAAUUCCAUUUGUUAAUCAAAACAUGGAUUAAAUCAUGCAUUAAAAAAAUACAGUCAUGUUUAUCUCACUGGGGAGUCCCUCUUGCCUUUCAUAACCUAAAUUUUUCCAUUUAACUCAAAAAAAUCGAAGGAAGCCAGGUUUUAUUCGGUCGUUCUUGUGUUCCAUAUGUAUGUUUAUCAAGUCAUUAAACGCAUUACUGCUACCUCAAACACAUUGAUCGAUUGAUCAACACUUAAAGACAAUUGAGUUCAAGUGUUAAAAUGUUGUUCCUACUAAUUAAGUGUACAUAAGCUACCUUAUAAUCCUCUGAUUAUUCUGAUAACGUGUUUGUCUUUCCUUACAGCGCUAAGUAUACGAUACGUGUGUCAGGAGUUCUCGAUCACCUAUGACCCAACGAUAGGUAAGCUAUAAAGUUGAUAGUAUUAUUGUAGUGGCAGGCCGAAGCAAAAAUGACACUUUUUGAUUGAUGGUUACGGUUUCAAGCUUCACUCCUGGUUAAUUAACAAAUCAUAAUCACAUUACGUUUAGUUUGAUUUGUUUCUAUUGUCUGGUUUCACGUUUAUAUGCUUCGCCUAAGCCUUGAUUUGAUUACAUUUCCAUUACACCCAAGGAUAAUUUUGGACAUGAGACUUAGAGUUCUUACUUUCAAAGUUAUGAUGUGGCCAACUAAAUUAACAUCUCCAACAUGUAUGUUUUCUCUGUGAAGGAUCUGACAAAAUCAGGUGACAAAGUGAAAUUUUGAAGUUCACUUGCAUUUUACUUCAAUCUCUACCUGAAGGAUAAGGGGGAGGGGGGAGGUUAACUUCUCUGUAUUAACACGAGGAUUCCGGUGCGAUGUUUGUUUGUUUCUUUUUUUUUUCUUUUAACACCCUGAAAUGAUAAAGGAAUUUCGUUUUCUGGAGGUGACACAAAUUUUUAUUUAUUUUUACAAAACAAAUUUUUAUUUAUUUUUACAAAUAACUGACACUGACAGAUAGAAAAAUACAACUACUGUAGCUGCCUCGUUAUUAUUAUAGGUGAGACCCCUCCGGGGGCAGGAGCGGGAGCGGUGGCAGAGGCGGAGGCGGGGGAGUUUAAAGGGAAGGCCGGUGGGAAAGUCUAGGAAUUGCCUAUAACGUCACUUUACUUCAAGUGAAAUUAUUCCAGCCAGGAAAAUUGUAUAUUUCAAAACCAAGAUCUGAUUCACCCUUUUUGGUGAGCAAUGAUUACAUGGCGCUGAGGUCUAGUUACGCUCUCCUCUCUAAAUUGUUGUAUUUGUCGCAGCCCACUUGAGAUCUGAUUAAAUCGGAAGUCAUUUUAGUAAUUUAUUCUUGUAAUCUGUUAACAUUUCCGAAGAGAUUGUUUUCAGCAGUGGUCAUUUUAAGCCCAAUGUUCACUCUUUUUUUUAUUAAUUGACACUGUUCUGCGUUGUUUUCAGUUUUGUCGUGCGACCUCAACGUCGAUGUGCCUCCACGCGUUCCCUUUCAAAAUCGUGACAACUUGAAAAUGAUCAUUUAGCAUUGAUUUUGCAGCGACGUAACUAGAUUGUACGUGCACAGCUGUUAUUCUGCUUGAUCAAUCGUAAUCCGCAUGACGUUUCCAUGACAUCACCAUCGUGGUUGUUCGCACUCUUCUUACAGUUCAAUGCAAAUAAUGCAAGUUAACACUAUUCCCCAAAACACAGUUUUCUUUUGCGAAUUAAGAAUACCAAAUCGGAAUUCAUUCAAGAUGCAGACAGCCAUCAUACUAUUAAAAUCCCGCUACAUUCCAACCAUGAUUGAUACAUCGUCAUGAAUAAAUAUAGACCGUUCUCUCAUUAGUAAUUAGAGUUAGGGUCGAUUUCCUCUGUCGUGUAACUUAUCCGUGCGUACGCACGUAAAUUUUAUGCACAUAAAUAAAGUAGAGGCAAUGUAUAACAGACCGCGCGUAAACGUAAAAGGUUGAGCGAGGUUCAAUGUGGACCCUCAAACAUUGCCUCUACAUGUAUUCUAUUUAUGCGCGUAAAAUUUGCGUGCGAACGCACGUAAAAACUACUCGAAAGGGGAAAUCCACCCUAAGAGAUAGUAACCACAGUAAGAUUUCCGUAUAACCCCUCCCAUUUAUUAUGCACGCAGCAAUUUCGACCUUUUUCCACAAAUAUUUUAAUAUGAAUAGAGUCGAAACAUGAAUGCAUAAUUAAUGUGGGGUUAUACAGAGAACUUGCCGUGACCAGGUCCCUAAAAGUUCAAAUGGAGAAGGGAAAAACCAAGGUUUUCAUGGUAUAAAGCACGUAUAUACGGGACGAACAGUACACAAACUUACAUGAAGCCGCGUGCAAAUGUCCCUGAAAGGCAUGCCAUGGCUGGAAAUCACGCCCGCGUAACUACAGCGGCUUUCUCAUAUACUACCUCAACAGCAAUGUAAAGGAACCUGGAAAUUUGUGCCUGUGGAAUCCGGAAUCCAGGAAAAAAAUUCCUGAGGAAUCCAGAAUCUUGGGCUUUGGAAUCCGGAAUCCCACUAAUGAUUGGAAUGCAGAAUCCAAGUCCCACUGACAGAAAAUCCGGAAUCCAGUACCAAGAGUCCGGAACCUAUGUCUUGGAACGGUCUUGGAUUACCUAACUCGGGGCGAUCAACAAACACGGCGAUAUGUUCAUACUAGAACACAUGUGUGCAGCGUAAAAUUAUAUUAGAGAAAUAAGGAUACAAAAACUUCUCGCGUACCUGUAACCUGCAAGGUCGGAAACCAGUUGUGGAACCAGCAGUAUUCCAUAGUAAGAAUAUCAUAUCUAUCUCCGCAAAUUUUCGGUUACUUUAACGACAACUUUUUUGAGCCAUUCAUGCUGUAAAUUCCUGCUGUCGCAGUCUCUGUAGCCUCUCACCUCAGCCGGCCGGGUUUCAAUCGAAUGUUUGAUUUUACCACGGUUAUUCCUGUGAGUCAACAUCGCAUCUUACAAACUCAGCGUGUUUCAGAGAGAUUGGAAACGAUUAUAAACGCCGUAUAUACGUUAACUUUGGCGAUAAAAAUCAUAGUGUCCAGAUACAAGGAGGCCAUUUCCACUUCAAAGUGACCGAAGUUUGCUCUCUCCCGGCUCCGAUCACCUCGAUAACUCGUGCAGUUCUAGUGAAUCGAUAGUCACAUGUGCGACUCAUGUCUGACCAGCGGCGUUUAUUUUGGGGUAAAUACGUUGUGUCUUACUCCUCUAUUUAUCCUCUAGACCUGCGCUUGAAACCUGAGCCCGAGAGCUCCACUUGACAAAAGCUUACACGCAAUAACAGGGCUUACUGGUGGGAGCCACACAAUGUUUUCUGGUGGAUUAUCAGAGGAAAUAUGUCUGCCAUUUCUGGCCAUGGCAGAAAUUAACUUACCAAUACCAAGUAACGAAGCAGAGCCACAUCGCCAUAAACUAGAGAGCUCAAGCAACAACAACGGCGACAACUACGAAAACGUCAGAUAAUUAAAAAGUGAAUUCGCGCUUCUUCAAACUUUAUCGCGCUUAUUCUAUCUCGUUCGAUCCGUCAAAUGUUGGUAAUUUUUUCUGGAGUUGAAUUCUUUAAGACUGUAUCGAAGUUCAGGAAAAGAAAAAGAAAGUCAUUGUCGUGCCGUUCACGUCCUCAAAAAAACAUGAAUUUAGGCAUUUUCACGUCCCUAGCUAGUGGUGCGGUGACGCCAAAGGCCUGAUGCACGUGCAGGGCUGUAAUUGUUUUUCCAAUCUAAACCUACUGCUUUUCUGUUGAUCUUUUAGCUCGUUGACACUGCCGUCAUCGUUGCUUAAAAUCCCCACUAACUUGAUAUGCCGGGCCUCCGAGUUUUGCGCCAGGGCACUUUUAAGACAUCAGACAUGAUGUGACUUAGAGCUAACUUUGAUUUUUCCUUGUCUGCGAGCAAGCUCUCGGGUACGUGCCGGGGGCUUCUUCGCAGCAAAUUUUGCCUUUAGUAGGAAAACAAGACGCAAUGCGUCAAGGUACGGUUUAAGCAAGGAAAUUAUUGUUGUUGUUUGUCUAUUUCUUUCUAUUCAUCUUUAUUUACUUCAUUUUUGUUCAGAGGACAGCUACCAAACGGACAUCAAAAUUGACGACAAAUCAGUCAAGGCUGAAGUGAUCGACACGGCGGGAAACGUAAGUAGAGAUGACGGUAUUUCCGACAAGUUUUUAGUUAUGACACUCAGUUGAUCCUUAGCCUGCUAGGAAGCUCUCUAUGGCAAGCGAAGCGAGAUACACACGAGCGUGCUGAUCUCGCGGGACUUCUCACGACUGCCCCAAAAUGGAGAUCUUGUUCGUAGUCUAGUUAAUCGUCGGUUAUAGCAAGCUAUAAAUAUCUUGAAGUAAAGUAAAUAUCCCGGAGGGGUUACUUCCCAGUAACAGGUUAAUAAGGAUCGCGAAAAUUACUUUUUCCCAAAAGUGACUAAGUUCAGGGGUCUUUUAAAAGUAAUUAGCCUGUUCAAGGCUCCAUUCGCUCGUGUACACUGACUGACUGAUUGGAAAAUUCAGGAUAUUUUAUAUAAACCGUGUUGAAAAUUUGAAAAUCGUUCACCCUCGUUCUUACGAGGCAAUUUUGCCUUCUGUGAUUAUCAUUAUCCUUUUCUAAUUUCCUCCGUGAUGAUUUAUUCUUUCUUUAGGACGUGUUCCGACGCAUGAGGGAUCAAUACAUUAAAAGCGGUGAUGGCUUCCUGUUAGUUUAUUCGGUCACUGAUCGCUGGAGCUUCCAUGCUGUCACUGCCUUCCGUGAGCAAAUCCUAGCAGUCAAGGGUCAAAAACACAAGAUUCUCCCGGACAUCCCUUUAAUUUUGGUUGGCAACAAAGUAAGGGUAAACAAACUCAAACGAUAUGUUGCUUAAUUCUAUUUUAUAUCUUACGUUUGUGUCCACGUUGGUGGGAUAAAGGGGCCGGUUGGUCAACAAUACCUUUAAGAUUGAGAUUUUUCAAUCCAAAAACUGAUUUUGCUUUUCUAUACUAAAGUAAGCCAGGGGAUAUGUAAGCUAGCCUGCGAACAAGCUCUCCAUUUGGGGGAUAUCGUGAAAAGUACACACGCGAGAGGCACGCGAGAGGAGACGCGACUGCAGGGGGCUCCUUUCGCCGGCCCCUCGCGGCUUCGCCGCUCGCUCGCGCGUUCUCGCGCGACUCGCCUCGCUCGCCCAAAUAGGAGAGCUUGCUCGUAAGCUAUUUGUAAGCUGAUGGUAAAACUAACGGAUACCAUGCUCCGAGUAGUUUCUAUUUCGAAUUUUUAGAUCUCAUGAGCUAUUUUUAGAUUUAAUUAGUUCAACGAUCCAUUAGAACUUUGGAUUUUCUCUUAAUUUUUUGUAACGAGUUUAAUUCUGUCAGCCAUUCAAUAUGCGAUUUAGAAUCUUAAGCUAACUUGGAUGCUGACAAACAAACGCCAUAGCUGACUGACUUCGCAACAAAACAGAGCAAUUCUGUGCCUUGUUAUUCAACGAGAUUCCUUCCUUAAUUUCAGUGCGACUUAGAAGAAGAGCGAGUAGUUUCCUAUCAAGAUGCGAAGAAAAUGGCUGAGAAUUUUUCUUGCCCACUUUUUGAGACAUCAGCCAAGAAUGACACCUGUGUGGACGAAGUCUUUUCCUGUCUUGCUCGACAAAUGAAAGCAUCAAGGGCUGUAUCCACAAGAAAAGCCUUCAAGCGAGAUCAGCAUCGAUCCUCAUUAAGACACUUACCGUUUGGAGAAAAAAAGUGCAAGGGAAGGCUUGAGACGUUGAGGCAAAGUGAGUCGUCACCCUCCAGCGUGCCAACAAGGAGACGGGCUGGCUCCUUUCGAGGUUUUAUUUGUGGAGCAAGAACGCUUGGUACAACUUAGAAGAAAACGCUUUUGUCUUUAAACGUGUCGUUUAGUAAAAUUUACCCGUUUUACUCUCAGAGCGAAACCUGGAAACAGUUUAUGGGAUCCAGCCUUUUGACUACAUCGGAUCCUGUGGGGCAAACAUAGCAAUGACAUUUGCAGGAAAAAGUUUGAAACUUGGCUCCAAAUUAUAACACGAAUUGCCCGUAAGGACCUCUUUUAUGUCGUUUCUUCAUUUAUGAUUUUUCAUAGCUCCUUUGAGUUGAAGUGGUAGAACCACGCCCUGAUAAUAAUGGGUAUGCAUGCAUGUAUGCAACUCACAAACAAUUUCAAAAGGAAUGGCAAUCUUUGCGACUUCGUGAGCAGAAUGUCAACUUUGUUUCCUUGUGAGUUCUGAGUCACCUUAUUGGAAUUAUAAGAUCGUUCUAGUCGGAAGAUCGCCGUCCAAUAAAAUGAGAAGGCAAAUACUAGACAUAAGACAGCUCUUGAUAAUACAAGGUAUUAAAAAAAUUUUAACUGCAACAAGGGAUUUGGUUUUCAAGUUAUGACAAAUGAAUUUUUUAGGAAAAACACGCGUGAUCCCAUGAGUUCGUUGCAACUCGUAGCGUUAACCCUGAAGUCCCACUAGUGACCAACAUCAAUUUUCUCCCAACGAUAUCAAUGCAUUAUUCAGAGAAAAAGGAGUGAGAAUUAAUAAAAUGAUCACCAAAGGAAAAAUGCUUUGAUCUUUUAUCAAAUUCUUCUAAUUGUUUAAGGAAAUGUAUG